CUCAAAGUGCACUUUCGAUUGAAGGGCAAGGGGCUCAAACCAUGAGAUCUAACUGACAAUAACAAACUAAUUAAGUGGAAUAAACAACUUUGGAAAGACGUCGUGUGGUUUUUGCACACAAUUGUUAAUUCAUUCCUUUACAAAAUGCAGCUUGCUAAAGCUUUAACGAAAAUCAUCGUGGAGGAUUUCCUAACUGAAGGAAGAAUUAUCGCUGAUCCCAGCAAGGUAAAAAUUCUCCACGUUACGGAGCUAGAACAUAACGAAAACAUAGAAGGUGUCGACGAAAGAUACCAAGCUCUUGACUACGGUCAAGUGUAUGAGCUGAUGUACAAAUGGACGUCUUUUUUUAAAGACAAAGUCGAAAUUUGGUUUCGGAUUAUUGGUCAUCUGGACUCCCCCGAAACACAAGAGUGGCUUGAUGAGUACUAUAGGAUAUAACAUACCUUAAAAAGGUUUUUUCCAGAAGAACUUUUAUCUAAAAUUUGUCAGAUGAUUGUAAAACUAAAAUAUUUUGUACAUAUCAUAAAAUAAAAGUAAUAAAUAAGAAUAAAUGUUUCUCUUAGAAUUUAUUUUUAAAGC